AUUUCGUUGAAUUAAGGAAUAUGAUCUAAUGCAGCAGAAGCAAGUAGACCGCUCUUGUAACUUGGUUUCUUGAUGGUGACCAUCAAAACUCGUGCAGGCUUUGUCAGUAUUGACUGUGGAAUGGAUGCGGGCGGUAGCAUCACAGAUAACAUUACCGGGAUCGUGUACCAACCCGAUACCCAAUUCAUAGACACCGGGAUAAACUACGGAAUACCCCCGAGUUAUUGGUCCCGCCGGUACUCCCUUCCACAGUUAGGGACUCUCAGAAGCUUUCCAGAUGGAGUUCGGAAUUGUUACACCAUUAAUCAAGUGAACCAGGGUGAAAAGUACCUGAUAAGAGCUUUCUUCAUGUAUGGUAACUACGACGGUCAAGACAGUGCAAGCAUAGGUAGCCCGCUGCAGUUUGACCUUCAUCUUGGCGUCAAUUACUGGAGAACGCUGAACAUUACCGAUCCAUUCUCUUUCUAUCCGUUGGAGAUCAUUACUGUUGCGAAGGACGAUUAUUUCUCAGUUUGUCUCGUGAAGACCGGGUCCGGAACUCCGUUCAUAUCUUCGCUUGAGUUGAGGCUUAUUGACAGUGUGGAUGUUUACACGGACGUAAACCAAUCCAAUUCCCUUGUGUCCGGUUUCGCUAGAGUCAAUGUUGGGGGAGCUCCUGGCUUGAUCAGGUAAUGUAACUAUAUUUUGCAGUUCACGGUAGAUGAUACCAAUAUAUACGUGCACCAACACACACCAAUAAUUAUAGUUUAUUGCAUAUUUAUCUUCCAAAUAUCACUGUAUAGAUAACACGUAUUUCAUUUUCAUUUUGCAAUGUUAUACCUUUCACUAUAUUUUGACAGCAUAAAUAAAUAGCCAGUUUAGGUAUAAGUUAACUCUAUUACCCUCUUGUAUUAAUACCUCUUGAAACUAAAAAAAUAGAAAAUUUUUUAAGAGUAUCAAUGCAAAGUUAUGAAUUAAUCAUUUUAUUUUAUUUUAUUUUUGACAUUUAGGGGGAUGAAUCCCCAUAAUUUUUAUUGUUGCGGCUUGUUUUUUGGUUGACGCCGGAAGUUGCGGAAAUGCUGCACU